AUGCCCACUCGAUUGAAACAUCCCUUUUCACUGAAGUUGAAGAAGAAAUUCGAAGUUCAAAUACACGUCGACGGUCAAAGACUAAAGAGAGAUAUGUCAAAGUCAAAGUUACGUCAAAGCGUCGAAAAUCGAGUGCGUCGCACACGUGAUUCGUCGUCACGAUGCAAUCGCUGGACAAAAGCGGAGGUCAUAGAAGCUGUCAAGCACACAGCAGAAAGACCAUCAAGCGGAUGA